CUUCCAUAUUUCGGAGGAUCCCGAGCCGUGCCAGCCCCAGGAAAAUCAAGCCAUGGACCCGGGCGCCUGCAGCACCUCGGUGGCGGAUCCCGCCGGGGAGUGCGAGCGCGGCGUGCCCAGGGUCUGCGGGGUCUGCGGGGACAGAGCCACCGGCUUCCACUUCAACGCCAUGACCUGCGAGGGCUGCAAGGGCUUCUUCAGGAGGAGCAUGAAGAGGAAGGCCAUGUUCACCUGUCCCUUCAGCGGGGAGUGCCACAUCACCAAGGACAACCGGCGGCACUGCCAGGCCUGCCGGCUGAAACGCUGCCUGGACAUCGGCAUGAUGAAGGAGUUCAUCCUUACGGACGAGGAGGUGCAGAGGAAGAGGGAGAUGAUCCUGAAGAGGAAGGAGGAGGAAGCCCUGAGGGAAAGCCUCAAACCCAAACUCUCAGAGGAGCAACAGAAAGUCAUCGACAUCCUGCUCGAGGCCCAUCGCAAAACCUACGACCCCACCUAUGCUGACUUCACCAAAUUUCGGCCCCCCGUGAGGAGCCAACCCAGCAGCAGAGGGGCCACAAAAUCCUCGUCCCUGCUCACCCAGGACCUGUCCUCAGAGGAUUCCUCGGAUCUCUUCAGCUCCGAGGCCUUCAGCACAUUCCCAGACCCCACGGAGCCACCGCCAUUCCCCAGCCUGGCGCUGCAGGAGGAGCAGGAUGAGAGCUCCUCGGUGAACCUGGAGUUCUCCCAGCUCUCCAUGCUCCCACACCUGGCUGACCUGGUCAGCUACAGCAUCCAGAAGGUGAUCGGCUUUGCCAAGAUGAUCCCGGGAUUCAGGGAUCUGUCUGUGGAGGACCAGAUCGUGCUGCUCAAGUGCAGCGCCAUGGAGGUGAUCAUGCUGCGCUCCAACGAGUCCUUCACUCUCGAGGACAUGUCCUGGACCUGCGGCAGCAGCGACUUCAAGUACAGGGUCAGCGACGUCACCCAAGCCGGGCACAGCAUGGCCCUGCUGGAGCCGCUGGUGAAGUUCCAGGUGGGGCUGAAGAAGCUGAACCUGCACGAGGAGGAGCAUGUGCUGCUCAUGGCCAUCUGCAUCCUGUCCCCAG